AUGAACGAUCAACCUACAGAUUAUUCUUCAAUUGAUUCAUUUCAUGUUGGUCGUCGUCGUAAACCAAAUUUUACUGAACAUGAAGUUUUAAAUAUAAUCGAUCAAUAUGAUACAUAUAAAGAAUUAUUACAUUCUCGUGAAGCAUCAAAAAGUGUUAUUGCACAAAAACAAGCUAUAUGGAAACAAAUAACCGAUAAUCUCAAUGCGACAUAUCCACAAGUUGAACGUACUGUUGAUGAUGUACGACGAAAAUGGAAAAAAUUACAAAGUGAAGCUAAACGUGAAGUUGCUGCUAAUCGUGCAGCACAAGCAUCAGGUACAACAACAUCAAUAUCAAAUAAACAAUUAAAUUUAUAUAAUCGUAUAUUAAGUAUUUGUCGUCCAUCAUCAAUAUCUUCUCAUUUUCCUCAUGGUGUUUUACAACAUCAACAAGUAUUACAACAACAAUCAAAUAUAAAUAAUACUAAUCAUGAUAUAUCAUUUAAUGAACAGUCAUCAGAUAAAGUUGAUUCUCCAUCAUCAGAUCUUGCUAAUGGUGUUAGUGGUCAAUUAGAUUCUCCAGGUGAUGAAAGUGCUAGUCUACUUGGUAAUGAUGACAAUUCACGAAGUCCAAUAACAAAUUUUCAAAUAACAUCAAAUAUUCCAUCACAACAAAUAAAUACAUUAACAAUAGGAACAUCAAGUAAUGGUGGACAAAUAUCAAAACGUACAUUAGAUAAACGACGUAAAUUAUUAAAAUCAUCAAUUAAUCAACAACUUCUUAAUAAUACAAAUAAAUCUUAUGGACAACAACAACAUUCACUUCGUUAUGAAUCAUUAAUUAAACGUAAACGUACACUUGAAUUAAUAAGUCAAAAACUUCUUAAUGAUAAACAAGUUUUAUUAAUAGAAAAAAAAAAUCUUGAUAUUAAAUUAGCAACAAAUGAAUGUGAAAAUAAACGUAUUGCUAUUGAUAAACGUCGUAUAGAACUUGCAUUACAAAAAUUUCAAUGUGAAUUACCAUUAUCAGCAAAUGGUAAUAAUAAUAAUUUAUCUGAUCAAGAGGAUCAUGAUGACAAUGAUAGUCUAGAUGAUAUGAGUGAUUUUAAUGAGUAG